CAGAUAUUUAAUGUAUUUUGGUGCAAAGCCAUUCAGUUAUUUAUAAAGUAGCAGAAGUAUUUUAAAGUCUAUGAGCUACAGGAAGUGUAAGGAUUUUAAAACUGGGAUGUAGAGGGUUCUUAGUUUCCUAUACUUUCUAAAAGUUUCAGCUAAAUAUUUUUAAUUUCUACUAGUAGGUCAGGAAGAGAUGAAGCAGUGAUCAGAAAGUUGCUUAACAUCGGUUUAGUGUGUUUUCAUAUUUUGGAAGUUCAUUGGAGAUGUUUGCGCUGUUAAAAUCUCCAAAAACAAUGAUUAGAUAGGAUGGAUGUUUUUCCUUUAUGAACUGUUGUCCUGAUGAAACCUCUUUUCCUCGCCUCCUGAGAUGUUCCUCAUGGAAACUGUUUGGAAAAGAAGAGAGUCAAGAAGAACAUCCUGUUGCAUCGUCCACCUUGUAGGUUCAUAAAGGAAGUUAGCACUUCCUAUAUGAAUCUUCCUCAUGCGAUGUGAGAAAUGGCGCAGAUUCUCACUCUUCUUUUUCAUCUGUUUCUAAUCAACACACUUCAGAUUCAAGGUUCCUCUGCAGUGACUGAUGUGUUUGUGAAAACUGGAGAUGAUCUGAUUCUUAAUCUCACAGAAGCUGAAAUUCCAUCAAAUUCUCGCUUUUGGACAUGGCAAUUUAAAGAUGAUAUGCUGGUAGAGUUUACACGUGGCUACCGCCCAACUGUUGUUAACAGUCGCUCUGGAAAAGUUGAAGUUUUAGAAAAAAGUUACAGUGUGAAAUUAAAGACUCUACAGAAGACACACAGUGGUAUUUAUACUGCAAUGGUAGUGUCACCUAAAGUGCAAACACUGACUCAAUACAACGUUACAGUUCUAGAUCCAGUGUCUCCAGCUGAUCUCAGCUUCACCUGUGCAUCCAGCUCCUCCUCCUCCUCCUUCUAUAACCUGACAGCGACCUGCAGGACAGACGACUCUUCCAUCAGCAUCACUCUGAGAUGUGAGGAUCAAACCUGCAACCAAGAAGGAGGAGAGGGAAGAUCAGUCACCAAAUCAGGUUCUUCUCUUCGUAUCUAUCAGUUGAAAGAAUCAGUCAUCUGUAUCCAUAGCAACCAGGUCAGCAGGACUGAAUCCAAAGUAAACAUUGAGAAUCGCUGCAUUGAACUUGCUGAAAAAAGAACCACUGCAAUUAUUAACGUCACAAGAAUAAUCCUGGCUGCAUUACUGGUUGUGGUUUUUACCUUAACUGUUGUUAUAAGAAAAUGUAAAAGGAAAACCGAACCAGAGGAAGUGAUGUACGAGUUUCCAGAGUGACACCAGGGGAACCAGACAAACAGAAUCCUGCAGCAGAUUCUGCAGACGCCUCAUUCUGACCCAUGAAGUUUCUAAUGUUGGAGAGACUGGAAACACCUUCGAACAAACGGAGGAAACCUGUUCACCAUCUCAUAAAUAUAAAUAUGAUGCUUUAACAAAACUGUAAAUAUGCUUUGAAAAAGAAGAUGCAUUAUGUCCAAGUUAAAAUAUGUAACAAGUUUGCAGGCCAUGAAUGUUUAACAUGUUUUCAAAGUGACAUCUACUGGAAAAAGAACUGAGAAAAUAAAGUGAUCCACAUACCCAACAAAAUAUUUUCAUGUCUUUUUAUGUUUUCUAUUCUUAUCCAUCCUUUUUGUUGUGGAAAAAACAAUGUAAAAACAAUGUAAAUACAGUAAAAAGUUGUUAAAAGUUCUAAUUUUUCAUGUAUUAUUGUGUCAUUUGUUCAAGGAAAUUGCGGUCUUUAAAUCAUCUUCUGGGAUCUAUUGGUAGUGCCUCCAUCCUCCCCAUAUUCGCGCUCUUUUCAUGCUUCACUUCCUGUUCUUACCAUGCUGAGUUCAAACGGACAGCGAGGAAUCCUGAAGAAAUAGGAGGGAAAUUUUAAAAUAAUCGCCGCUGGAAAACAG